CUUCCCCACCCGCUGUCAGUCUCACUCCCCGCGCGCGCGCUCUCUCUUUCCUCGCCUUCGCCGCCGGCGACGAGCUUGAGCUCGAGCUGGUUCCUCGUAUAGAAGACGACGGCCGCGGUAUGGAGCCCAUGAACGUAGACAACGGCGGCAGCGGUGGCCUUGACGCGCAGAUCGAACAGCUGAUGCAGUGCCGCCCGCUCGCCGAGCAAGAGGUUAAGGCACUGUGCGAGAAGGCCAAGGAGAUAUUGAUGGAGGAAAGCAACGUUCAGCCUGUCAAGAGUCCAGUGACAAUAUGUGGUGAUAUACAUGGACAAUUCCACGAUCUUGUAGAGCUUUUCCGAAUUGGCGGGAAGUGUCCAGACACCAAUUACUUAUUUAUGGGAGAUUAUGUAGAUCGUGGCUACUAUUCUGUUGAGACUGUCACUAUGCUAGUAGCACUAAAAGUGAGGUAUCCACAUCGAAUUACAAUCCUUCGUGGAAACCACGAGAGUCGGCAGAUCACACAGGUGUAUGGAUUCUACGACGAAUGCCUACGAAAGUAUGGCAAUGCAAAUGUAUGGAAGACAUUUACGGAUCUUUUUGAUUAUUUUCCUCUGACAGCUCUGGUGGAAUCUGAGAUUUUCUGCCUUCAUGGUGGUCUAUCUCCAUCAAUUGAAAAUCUUGAUAGUGUGCGCAGCUUAGAUCGAGUCCAAGAGGUUCCCCAUGAGGGACCUAUGUGCGAUCUCUUAUGGUCAGAUCCAGACGACCGAUGUGGUUGGGGCAUCUCCCCUCGCGGUGCUGGCUACACUUUCGGGCAGGACAUAUCAGAGCAGUUUAAUCACACAAACAAUCUCAAACUCGUAGCUCGGGCUCAUCAAUUAGUUAUGGAGGGAUAUAACUGGGCUCAUGAGCAAAAGGUUGUCACCAUAUUCAGUGCUCCAAAUUACUGCUAUCGAUGCGGCAAUAUGGCAUCCAUUUUGGAAGUUGACGACUGCAACAGCCACACAUUCAUCCAGUUUGAACCAGCCCCUAGGAGAGGUGAGCCAGAUGUGACGCGAAGAACACCGGAUUAUUUCCUUUGAGCUGUCGAUGUUACCGUUUCCCAGCCUGUGUCGUGAUAAUCGAUGUCAACGUCUGCUGGAUCAAGGGCCAGACAGAAAUAACAGGGGAAUGCCGAAGCACUAUGCCCAGAGUUUCACCCUUUUCAGGCGACAGAGAAGGGCGGCCAUCCACCUACAACUCUGGCCGCCCUCUGUUUUAUGCAGUUUUUACAGAGUCGUGGAACUGGCCAAAAAGACCGGAGUACCAUUUGCACCUGUGUAGCGUAAGCUUGUACUACAAAUAGGCGUGUGCUAAUCUGUAUCACCAUUCAUCAAUUGCAAGGAACUGUUGAACUCCUUCCAUCAGUAAAGUAAAUUUUGGUAA